CACACGCUUCGCGCUCCUUCCAGCCUUCUAUGGCCUCAGAUGGAGUACUCGCGAACCUUGUCUUACCUUUUUGCGCAGAUCAUGUCCACCAAGCUAUGCCAGUGUCCUUGCCUACUUUGAGAUGUGUCCGUCUCGCGCUCCUCGGCAUGUCGAAAGUCGCAUCUAGCAUGGAAGGGUGUGCUUUCUAUCCAGUAUAUUGGUUGGACAUCGGCAACUGCGAGAUCAGAAACUCGGACCGUGCCACUCGAAGGGCGAUCUCUGGCGCGAGGGUCACCUCUUCAUCAUUUUCCUCCUUAUCGCGUGCAGUCGUGUAGUGUGUACAGCCAAGGUAUCGAAUCGUGAUUGCACAGAUUGCAAACCGUAACGAAGCAGGGCUUCUCACCACGUC